AUGGCACUACUCCUGCUGAGCCUGGGGCUGAGCCUGGUCUCCGCCCAGGAGCUCAACCCCCGAGCCAUUGUGCGGAGGAGCUAUGACAUGGCCAGGGUUUCGGGGGUCUGGUAUUCAGUGUCCAUAGCUUCUGAUGACAUGAAGCGGAUUGAGGAAAAUGGGGACCUGAGGGUCUUCAUACGGAAUAUUGAAAGCUUGAAAGACGGCGGACUGAGGUUCCAUUUCCUGUUCAUGGUGCACGGGGAGUGCGUGCAGGUGGCCAUGGUCUGCGAGAGGACAGAGAAGGACGGCGAGUACACGGUCAACUAUGAGGGCGACAAUAAGGUGCUCCUGUUGGAGACCGAUUAUAAACUGUACAUCACCUUCCAUCUCCGGAACAUCAGGAACGGGACAGACACCAACGUGCUGGCACUCUAUGUCUGCAGAAAGUACGGACUGGGUCCACAGAACAUCAUCAGCCUGAGCAACCAAAUCUGGGGACACAAUGAUUUCUACCUGGAGGAGGUACAGCCCAAGAGCUACCUGAUUCUCUACAUGAUCAACCAGUACAAUACAUGA